AUGUGGACUGGGCUGCAGCAAUCUGGCUCCAGGAGUGUAUUUCCCCACAGAUGUGAGGACAACUGGGUGCUGGUGUCGUUUGGCGAGCGGAGCGCGGCCAGAGACAAGGACUUGAUCCGAACACUGACUGAACACUGGGCCGAACAGGAGGGUCUUCGAGAGCAGCUCAAACAAGCUCAAGAAAAACCCAAUAUUCGAGAUGAACAGAUCCUGGCGCUCCAGAAGGCCAAGGAUCAGACCGUAACUGAGGUCAAAGAUCAGUUAGAAGUAGCCACGACUAGAAUGAGCCGUUUGAUGGGUUUGGCACAAGCACGAGAGGCGCAGUGGAAGGAAGCCCACAGAAGCCUCAAAGAAGAGCUACGACAGAUGCAGCUCCAGUUACCAGAGAAAGAUCGUCAGCUCAGGACUCGAUUGGAGGUUAACGAGUCCAUGACCCUCGACAUCACAAGGUUAGAAGACGAUGUGACUCAACUUAAACAGGAAACCCAUCAGUUUAUGAAGGAGUCUGUUCAGUUAGAGACAGAGACCCAGGAAGAGACCCAGGUAGAGACCCAGGUGGAGACCAAGGGUGAGGCCGAGGUGGAGACCCAGGUGGAGACCCAGGUGGAGACUCAGGUGGAGACCCAGGUGGAGACUGAGGUAGAGACCCAGGUGGAGACCCAGGUGGAGACCCAGGUGGAGACUGAGGUAGAGACCCAGGUGGAGACCCAAGUGGAGACGCAGGUGGAGACCCAGGUGGAGACCGGGGUGGAGACCGAAGUGGAGACCGAGGUAGAGACCACGAUAAAGGCCGAAGUUGAGACCGCGAUAGAAAAAGAGUUAGAGACCGCAAUAGAGAAAGAAACCGUGAUAGAAGCUUUAGUUAGCGAUGGAAGCGCGUCUGAACCUGAGCCAGAAACCGUAUACUUUAGACAGGUGCACAGGGUGCUAGGUGUGAACAUUAGGAGCCUGGUCCAACUGUUUGCUCAGAAAGACCAGGACGUUCAGGAGGAGAAAAAACGGGCUAAAGAACUAAAGGAGAAGACGAAAUGCAAGGCUGCAAACUUCAGCCAUGACAUGGCAACUACCUCAUGGCUCCAGGAGGGGGUUGCCAGGUUGGGUUUGGGUUGUCCAGAUAAGUUUUAA